AGCCGUCCUCGACUCAUGCUCCCCUCGCACUCGUGAUGGCAAACCUUGCGUUGCUGAGGAUUGAGCUUCUUUCGGUCAUCGCAGAGGUCCUGUUCUUCGGGGCGUUUUGUGUGCUGUAUCCUACCUCGGUAUGGAUCUUGGUGCGCCGGCAACACCGCGGGCGGCGCUCGAGAACAGCAACACUCUGGUUGACCGCAAUUGUCACCAUUAUGUUUCUCUGCGUGGGCACGUACCUUGCCCUUGACAUCCAUCUGCUCGUCGAAGCGUACGUCGACCACAGCGCGACGCCCGGCGGGCCCCUGGCAUAUCUCGACCGUCCGGCGAGCAACGUGUCUUUGUCCGUCUCCGCUGCCAUUUUCGCCUUCCUGACACUCCUCGGCGACGCGUUCAUGGCGUAUCGCGUUUUUGUGGUGUGGGAUCGCUCGGGCGUCGCUCUCGUCCUGUCCAGCCUCCUUCUCGCUGGUGACGUGGUCGGCACAGCAUUGCUGCAAGACGCCCCGACGACCUACUCGGACGUCGUAUACAUCCCGGGAGCCCGUUCGCCCUUGAUUGCGUACUUCCUGAUGACUAUCCUGACGAACCUCGGGACCACACUCCUCUUGCUUGGCCGUCUAUAUUGGCACGAAAGAAGGACCAGGAGAUAUCUCCCCCAGGACGUGUACGACACUGCCGCCUGGCGAGUGACGAAGGCCAUCAUGCAUUCUCAGGCCGUCUACACCAUCGCAGUGAUCUUCAACCUCGUCACAUUUCUGGCGAACUCCAACCUGGUGUUCGUCACCAACGCCAUCCUCCCGCCGCUGAUCGGUAUCUCGUUCACGCUGAUCAUCGCUCGCAUCGGCCUCAGCGAGGUAUUGGAGAGCACGGACCUCGACGACGUCCAUGCCGCCCCCCAGCCGCCCGCCGCAGCCGAGGAGCGCCUUGUAUGGAAGGCGGACGAGUACCUGGCGGCGGCCGUCCCCGGCUGGACGCCCAUGCCGCAGGAGGACAUCCACGACCUCCUCACCUUCCUGGGUGCCACCGACGACCGCACGCGCCAGCAGACCCUCCACAACUGGAACAGGUCCGCCGAGCAGCUCCUCGGCCCAGCCGGUCCUGGCGUCCACCUCAUCGGCAUGAAGCCGCGCGUGGGCGACGGCGUCUACACGGUCGACGUCCCGCACUCGCACCUCGCCAUCCGCAUGUGGGACGGCGGCAUGGAGAUGUACCGCCAGUUCUGCCUCGACUUCUUCGACACGCGCGCCCGGCGGCCCGUCAACAUGCCCCGCGGGUUCCAGCUCUGGCCGUCCUCCGCGAAUGCGCCCGGGGUGUACACUAUGUUUGGCCCGCGGUUCCGGGCUGUGCAGUGAUAGACGGCGCUUUUGUGGGCUUGUGGUGCUUGUUUGGUGCAAUAUGUAUCGUGUUGCGGGGACGCGGAGGUGCGCCAGACUGUGCUCGUCGUGUCCUCCAGGAGAUCCCGGACGCAUACAGCCAUCUUAGACAGCACUAUGCUCUGACAGACGACUCUCGCUCUAGUAUACCGUGUAGAGUCACCCUGAGACCGGUUUUUGCACCAUGACAGACCACUUCUGCUGUGUGUCUCAAACUGCCAGUGGACUGUGCACCGUCGAACGGCUCGUCCGGAACCGCCGCCCCGUACGCCGCUUGCUGCGUGCACUCGCACUGCAGCUCGUCGACGUGCACACCGGCGGCGGGGAGACGCUCUUUGCCAAGGGUGCACUCUGCUCAUAAAAGCUUCCUGGAGCCCGGCGGGGCGGGCACCGUUCCACACAACACGCUGCCGCCUCCGCCCGUAAGAUGCCCCAGGUCCUCGCAGCCUACUAGUAGACCCGAAAUCCAGACAUCGCCCCUCCGAAUCCUCGCACGCGAUCUGCAGCCCCACACCCUUCGCUCGUACUGCCCCCACCACUACCCCCCUCUGGGCAUGUCGGAGCGGCACGCACGCCUGCACGCCCCGGUACCGGUCCAGGCACGAGCACACAGCUGGGGCGUCCCUGUCUGCGCUCUGCUGUCCCCUCGCUCGCGGUUGACGGGCGUAUCUCCGGCGCGGCUUGCAGGCAACGACGAUGUGCGACGUGCG